UGUUAAUACAAACAUUUAUUGCCCCUUAACACGACUUCUUUCUCUACGCCGGAGGUGAAGGGAGAAGUUGGUUGAGCUGUUCACGUAUGUCGUUCUGGUCGGCGAUCCACCGUCUGCGUUUUUCCUCUCGUUCGCUCUCGUCUUUGAUCUCCUCUAGCUUAGACAUUUCAAUCAUGUGAUACAUAUCAAUGCAUUCGUUCAAGAUGUGCACCAAAGUGUAUAUUUCGCUUGCAAAGUCAAGACUCAUAUUAAAUGUUUUACCUCUAUCGUUAAUAAUCAAACUAUGUACUAAAACUGACAUGGCUGAUAAUCAGCAGUUUAUAAUUUAAUUUAAUUUUUUUUUUUUUUUUUUUAACAAAAAUUCAAACAUGUGUGCUGCAGACUAUUUUCUGGUCACCCUUUGGAUUAUUUUUGCUAUAAUUUCUCCUAAUAAAACGAAAAAUGUGUCAAAGGUUGCCUCAUCAAAUAAAAUUCUUGGAGCCAGGCGAAUCACCGAGCUGAUGAUCAACUCGCUCACUAUCGCAUGUUUGCUUUAUAUGUCGACAAAACUAUUAUCAUACGUGACUGCAAACUGUGUCAGCCUCCUCCUUAAAUAUGAAUACCAUGAUGAAGCACUUUGGAUUGAUUUAUGAUCAGUGUUUGCUCACAAAUUUAAAAACGUGACCACAAAAUACAACUUUUUUUUUCAACACUGUAAAAUGUGAUUUCUUUGUGAAAGAUACAAUUUUAACAGAUAAGGUUACUUCCUAACCAUUUAUUUUACAUGUGAAUAUCAUAAUCAGUAAAGGGUUGGUGUAGAAUAGAGAAGAGAUGGUCACAAACUAAAGAUAGUUAAGGCUCCAGAUGGUGAACUUAUGAAUAAAUGGGUAGAAAUACUCACACCCUAGAUUUCAUAUUCAUAUUCAAGAUGAAUGAGCUACGCAUUUUCAUCAUUAGUUUUUAUAUGUUGAGUUGAUCAACUAAAUUCAAUUGUGUGUAAUAUUCCACAACUGGUCCUGCAUACCAAGUGAAUGUACUAAUAAAUAAAAUCAUUUGCUACUCGCUCUCUAUGAGGAACCAAGGCACGACACGUCAACAUCCAAGAUGGGUCAAAUACUCAGGCAAUAGCAGUCGUCUAUGUUUUAUAAAUUAUCAUAUUAAACAGUAGGAAUGUAAAAGAACAAAACAUAUUCAAUGAAAUGCAUAAAUAUAGUUGGGAGGAGAAACAUGUGAUCUGUAAUUUUUUUUUAAUAUUACAAGCUUUUCUAAAUGUAAUUUGAGUUUUAAUAAUAAAAAUAUUUAAUACACAUAAGUUCAGUUGUAUGUUCGCAUAUUCAAUGAUUCUCUAAGUGGGAAGCAGUACCAGUUGGUACUUAUUUAUCCGGUAACCAUGCAAAGAAUCACAGAAGAUUUAGUCAGAAAGAAGUCUGAGCACAACGAAAAGGACAUACUUUCUUUGGAGGAGCUCUCCCUACAUCAAGAGGACAUAGGAAAACUCGAAAAUCUACAAAAAUGGUGUAAGGACCUUAAAAUCCUCCUGUUACAUAACAAUCUCAUCAGCAAAAUAGAAAACAUAGGGAGGCUGAAAAGUCUUGAGUACAUUAAUUUCUCGCUGAACAACAUAGAAAAGAUUGAAAACCUCGAGGGCUGUGAGUCUCUGACCAAACUCGAUUUCACACUGAACUUCAUAGGUGAACUGACGUCCGUCGAGAGCCUCAGAAAGAAUGAAUUCCUUGAAAUUCUUUAUUUGACAGGAAACCCUUGCACAGACUAUGACGGAUACAGAGAAUAUGUCAUUGCUACAUUGCCACAGCUCAAAACGCUCGAUGGUACUGAUAUACUCAUUUCUGAACGGAUCGAAGCAGUUCAGAACUACAACGAGAUCAAAGAGAGCAUUAUACAACAACAAUCCCAUUGCAAAUUGCAAAGAGAAAAACAGAAAAACAAAAACCAACCUAAACUUCAACAGUACAUCGAUGAAAAUGGAGAGCUGAUUGAAAAUUAUGAAGUGGAAAAUGGUUUUUGGCAGCAAACGAGUGACAACUCGCCGGAAACGAGAAUCGACAUUGCUCUCAAGUCAAGAAAGUGCAGGGAAAAAGGGAAACCAAAAGAAGUGAAACGUCAAAAAAGGGAUGUCAUUUAUUUCAAAUCUGAUGGCACUCCGUACAACAUGAACCUCGGGAAAUUCCCCUUCUUGCUUGACGAUGAUUGGAGAAACAACCGAUAUGUUUUAGAUGUAACUGUACAGAAAUAUUUAGACACAAAUUUCAUAGAAGUAGAUGUACAGCCAAAUUAUGUUAGGGUGACUAUUAAAAAAAAGAUCCUUCAGCUAAGGCUAGACCAAGAAGUGUGUCCUUCAGAGUCCAAAUCAACGAGGUCCAUUUCAACUGGACACCUUAUUGUUGAAAUGCCAAAGCUCAAACCGUACAUUGGCCCUUCUCCUGCUGUGGACACUGUAAAAACAUUCGCCAUAAACAAGAGACAAGAGAAAAAGCGAGAAUUUCUUGAUGUACACGAAAAGGAGGAAUUCAACCUGCAAAACUUCCUCACAAUCCGUCCCAAUGAUAAAAACGAUUCUUUUGUGGAUGAUCCUGACGUGCCGCCUCUUGAAUGAAUUCGUUAAAAUACAUCUUUCAUUUUUAUGUAUUUAAAGUAAAUUUAAAAUGUUAACAGGGCAAUAUUAUCAUCUUUUUUCUUAUUUGUACUUAACAAUUUGUAAGGAUGGUUAUUUAAAUAUAGUUAAGCAUUGCUUUUUUAUAUGUAUAGUUUCAUUAGUAAAUUAAAUAUUUUGUUUGAUGGUUUCAUCCACAAUUCCACCAAUGAAGAUAUCAAACUGCUGAAAAGGACCUGAUAGACCAAACUACAGGCUGAUGACUCCAGAGACCUUGAGGAACAAUUGCACAAACUGAAUUCAUUGUCAAAAAAAAGACGUUGUCACGUCAACAUCAAUCGUAAGAUAAUAAUAAUACUUACCUUUUUUUAAUGUGUUGAUGUUUAUUUUAUAACGCACACACUAAAGCCAUGCUUUCCAACUACUUUUUCUACACUGUAGCUUUUAGUCUAAAGGCAAACAUUAAACUUUUUCUACUGCAAAAAUACAUUUUAUCAGGUAUUGGCAAGGUGUGGAAAAAAAAAAGAAAAGGAAAUUUAAACUUUUUUUAAUUGAAAAUCAAAGAUAAAGUUGUAUAAAUUACCCAAGAACCAAUGAAUAUUAACAACAAAAAAA